AUGGAUUUGGAUCACUAUAACCCCCUUGUAAGGAGAGAUAUAAAAUUGGAUAUAAUUAUACCUGAGCAAAUGCUUCAAAUAUUUUAGAUGUUUAUACAUUGGAUCUUUGAGGUUUUAUAUUUAUCCUGAUAUUAAGUUGGCGAGUAAAAUAAAUUGGAAAUCAAAACAAUUGAAUUAGCUGCCAUUCUAAGUAAAUUAUUUUUUUCAAAAAACCAAAUCCAUUCUGAAAAGGCAGAUUUGCUAGGUAUAGCUUCGUUAAUGAUUGCAGUAAAGGUUAUUAAUAAAAUAUAUUCUUUAGUUCAAUGAAUGCCAAACCAAAAUACAGAUGAAUAUUCAAGACUGUGUCGACUAAUGUCAAUUUAAAUAUAGUUCUGGGGAUAACGGAUAUGGAAAUAAGUAUUCUAUCUCUUAUUCAGUAUGAUGCAAAUAUUACUACAAUAACUGAUUAUUUUGAUGGUAAAGACGUAUAAACUGACUUAGUAUUGUUUGUAACUCUUGAUUCUGAAUUUCUAUAGUUUCAAAAAUAUGAAUUGUUUGAGGCAAUUAGAAAUUUUUAUUCAUAAGAUACAUCAAACUUAUCUGAAAAUACAAAAAAUCUAUUUAAAUCAAAUUGUCUUAGAUAAUCUGCAAAAUUAGUACCAAAAUUUAACAUUUGACUACAAAAAGAUGAAAAAAUCACUCCUAAAAUAAAAAAGAAAAUGA